CUUCUCUUGUCAAACUCUCACUCACUCAAAGGCCCCACGAUCACCCUAUAAUCACUGACACCUCCGACACACACUGAAAGCAAAAAGAAAAGAAAACAAAAAAAGUGCCAUUAUAAACACACAGAAACACACAGAGAAACAGAGAGCUUCUCGUACCUCUUGCCUCUAUUAUAACGCAAAACUCACACCACAACUCACACAAACACUUCGAAGACAUUAUACAAUGGACGAGAGGCCGGAGACGGAGCUGAUAUCCAUUCCGGCGACGCCGCGUGGUGUGUCGACGCCGGAGAUACAGACUCCAUCUGGGCAGAGGUCGCCUCGGCCGCCGUCCAAGGAGGCGAAGUCGUCGUCGGCGUGGACGCCGACUUCGUUCAUAUCGCCGAGGUUCCUGAGCCCCAUCGGGACGCCGAUGAAGAGGGUACUCGUCAACAUGAAGAGCUACUUGGAGGAGGUGGGCCACCUCACCAAGCUCAACCCACAGGACGCUUGGCUUCCCAUCACCGAGUCCCGCAACGGCAAUGCUCACUACGCGGCGUUUCAUAACCUCAACGCCGGCGUUGGCUUCCAGGCCUUGGUCCUUCCCGUUGCCUUCUCUUUUCUUGGCUGGAGUUGGGGAACACUUUCCUUAACCAUAGCCUACUUCUGGCAACUUUACACAUUGUGGAUUCUUGUUCAGCUACAUGAAGCGGUUCCAGGAAAGAGGUACAACAGAUAUGUGGAGCUUGCACAAGCUGCAUUUGGGGAAAGAUUGGGUGUUUGGCUUGCUCUCUUCCCAACUGUCUAUCUAUCAGCAGGAACUGCAACAGCUUUAAUUCUAAUAGGAGGGGAGACCAUGAAACUAUUUUUCCAGAUAGUUUGUGGUCCCUUAUGUUCAUCAAAUCCCCUAACAACAGUAGAGUGGUAUCUAGUGUUCACUUCACUAUGUAUCGUUCUAUCUCAGCUUCCAAACCUCAAUUCAAUUGCAGGACUUUCACUCGUUGGAGCUGUGACAGCCAUAACUUACUCCACAAUGGUUUGGGUCCUCUCUGUAAGCCAGCCAAGGCCACCCACAAUUUCUUAUGAGCCAAUUACAUUGCCAUCCUCUUCGGCUUCUGUCUUUGCAGUCCUGAAUGCUCUUGGUAUUGUAGCCUUUGCUUUCAGGGGGCACAAUUUAGUUCUGGAGAUUCAGGCAACAAUGCCAUCAACCUUUAAACACCCAGCUCAUGUGCCCAUGUGGAAAGGAGCCAAGGUUGCCUAUUUUUUCAUUGCAAUGUGUUUGUUCCCUGUUGCAAUUGGGGGCUUUUGGGCUUAUGGAAACCUUAUGCCUUCUGGAGGGAUUCUCAAUGCCUUGUACGGAUUCCACAGUCAUGACAUCCCUAGAGGACUUCUUGCAAUGUGUUUCCUCCUAGUUGUGUUUAAUUGUUUGAGCAGUUUCCAGAUAUACUCAAUGCCUGUGUUUGACAGUUUUGAAGCUGGUUACACUAGUCGUACCAACCGUCCCUGCUCGAUUUGGGUCCGGUCUGGUUUCCGAGUUUUCUAUGGAUUCAUCAACUUCUUCAUAGGAGUGGCACUCCCUUUCCUCUCCAGUCUUGCCGGGCUACUAGGAGGACUCACACUUCCAGUCACAUUUGCAUAUCCUUGCUUCAUGUGGGUUCUCAUUAAGAAGCCUACAAAGUACAGCUUUAACUGGUAUUUUCAUUGGAUCUUGGGUUGGCUGGGGAUUGCGUUUAGUUUGGCCUUUUCCAUUGGAGGCGUGUGGAGCAUGGUCAACAGUGGACUUAAAUUGAAGUUCUUCAAGCCGCCUAAUUGAUGUUUCAAUGGCCCCUGCUUCAUAAUUCUUCAAAAUUUGUUAAGAAUGUUAUAAACAUUGUUGCUUUGCUGCAAAUUAAAUACGUCUUGUGCGUACAUAUUCGUGUUCUUUUGUGGCACAUAGUUAAAUGGUGUAAUGGUUGGUAAGUUUGUUCUGGUUCUGUAAUAGAUACUUUUAUAUACUUACAUAGCCCUUCCACCUGAGCUGUUUGUGGUCCUCUCUAAUGAGUAUUCAAAGAAGAUAAGUUAGCCCGGACUA